AUGGCAAAUAUAACUAUAUAAACCACAAGUCUUUUUUUCUUUUUCCAAAAAGAGCUCUGAAACAGUCCAAGUACUAAAGUAGGUGUGACUUGAACUUCAAAAUCAUGCCAAGAGUACCACAACAGCAGCAGAAAGGUACAAGCAUGGAGGAGAUAAUAAAGAAGGGGGCAUGGUCUCCAGAAGAAGACCAAAAAUUGAGAGCUUAUAUCAUGAAAUAUGGCAUCUGGAAUUGGAGACAGAUGCCCAAAUUUGCAGGGCUUUCAAGAACAGGGAAAAGUUGUAGACUACGAUGGAUGAAUUAUCUCCACCCUGAUGUUAAGAGAGGACCCUUUACCACGGAAGAAGUCGAAAUUAUCAUCAAAACUUAUCAGGAACUAGGAAAUAGAUGGUCAGCAAUAGCCGCGAAACUGCCAGGAAGAACAGACAACGAAGUUAAAAACUUCUUCCACACGUACUUAAAGAAGCAUAUGGGACUAAAAAAUCAUGAUGCCCCAUUGAAAACUAGGAAAAGCUGCGAGCAAACCAAAGAAAAUGAGAAGGAAAAUAGUACUCUAGGAAGACUUGUGCCAGAAACGAUCAAUAACAGCAGUUCAUUAUCAACAGAUGUUUGUUCACCCUGCAGCAGCAUCAUUACAUGUGAAGAAAAUCAAAUGAUGGAUCAUUUUGUGAAUUUCUCACAAACUUUUCAAGGUUGUUAUAACAACAUUAUUUCACCUGUUGUCAAUCAACAAGCCUCCGACAUGAAAAACACAUGUACAAAUAUUGGUGUUGCCCAGCCAUGUUCCAGUCCCCAUGGUUCUACCAUUAACUCCUUCGACCAAUUCGAUAUGAAUUCAUUCUGGAUUGAUGUACUUGGAAAUUUCUGAACAUCUUACUUUUUUCUAAAACAUGUUACAACUUAGAACCCAUGUGCAGGUCCUAGUUUUUAUCCACUUUUUUUCACAAAGCAAUAAUCCUACAUCUUCUGUAUCAAAA